AAAGAAAAAAAAAAAAAAAAAAACCAGGCUUGUUUAUUGAACGAUCUGAAGGACGGAUUCAGGGUGGGAGAUGUGAACAAGGGGAGUCCGCUUCGCUUUACCAACGGGAAUAAAUACGGCGAAAGAGGACGCAAAAGAAUGAAAUGAAAAAGCGCGAGUCGCCUCAUGAAUAACUCGCCCACUCAGGUUAUAUCAUGUAUCAAAAGUGUGCUAGCCUCAAAACUCUCUGAACCUCGCAAAUUGACAGCAUCGUUUGAUAAGUUGAUGUUGUGAUGUCUUCCACUCGCGCUGACCCACAUGAAGCCUGGGGCGGCUGGAUUGCCCCGAUAGGGCUCUGCACGGGCCACUGCAGAGUCCGAAAAGGAGAGAAAAACCUUGAGGGUCCCUGCGAAUUUUUGCAGUCCGGCUUGUUCCGCCCUGCAGUCAGCUCUUGGAGCAUGAAUGCAAAACAAAUCGGCCCCGCUCAACUUCUGCAAUCGAGAUUGCCGGUGGCCCCUCUUCAUUUCCUGCCCCUGCCAAGCUUGUGGCUUGGGCACCGAGACCGCCACUUUUCUCGAACUUCAAGGCAUCCAAGGAAGGCCCGGGAAGCGCGAGACUAGGGGAAGUCAACAAGCGGUUGGAAUUGAGACUGGUAUUCGGCGCCGGGCCGAGCGACUAAACAUAGACGCGCGGCGGUAUCAUUUUGGACACGGCUUGAGACAUCACAAACGCAGCAAAGCGAGACCAUCACAGAUAACUAAACCAGCACUUUGCGAUCGGACGCCACAACCAACGGGGGGCUGCUGCAAGUGCAGCGGCGUUGUGUUGUCCAUGCAGGCUGACGCGCACGACGGGAGCGGCACCACACACCCACCACCCACACCGUCCCAUCUUGGCAUCGAAAGCCACACUUACCAGGUUGUUUCCACUGUUUCAACCACCAACCCGCGCCCUGUGUUGUGCGCUGGCAGUUGGCCCGUCGCUUGGCCAGGCAAGGCCGGGCGCCCGCGCGAAGGGUUUGCUGACGAGAUGCGAUGUCGAGAAGGAGAGGGCCUCGAGGCUGGUCUGGUCGGCGGAAACGGUUUCGCAAUUCGAGUUGCCUGGUCAGCAGAUGAAACUCGUCUCGACCAAAUCUGUUGUGAUGGUUUUUGCGGCCGUCCUGGCCGGCGAGCCUGGUGAUUGACAUCCAGUCCCCCAAGGCUGCGUGGGAUUGUGGUGUGGAAGAACAGAACCGUGCCGUUGGUGCGCACCGCUGCGUUAUCGUUCGUCGGCCAGAAAUAUCCAAAAUGGGCUUCUCCACCGUCACCAUGGAUGCGAUGUGCUGCCGAUCCCUGUGAUCCAUCGGGGAUGUUGACGACUCGAUCAAGACCACAUGGAUCUCGGCCGCCAAUGUGAGCAGAACCUUGCCGUCGAUGCCGACCACCCGAACAGGGAGACCGGGAGAGAGGCCUCAAAGUUUGGUUCUGCCUGUCGUCGCCUUCUUAUUUUGGGGAAGGAAGCUGUGCUCUGAUAUCACCAUUCUGUCAAGUCAAUUCGUG